AUGAUGUAUUGGCUAGGACAAACGCCAGAAGACGAUUCCGCUGUUGCCGCGCUUGCUCAGUGGGCACGACUUUCCGUGAACCACGUCUAUAACUGCAACGGCGACUUACUUGAGGACAUGACACUCCCAAUCAUCUACAUUGAAGUGGGAAACGAUGCUAGAAUCACAUUUGAUUUUUGGCGUACUUUUAUGGCCGAAGGUAGGAAAACGCUGUACGAAAACAACUCCAAAAACGGAACAGAUAUAAAGAUAAUUAGGGAACGCACACUUUCUUUGGAAGACCAAGAUAGGCUUGGUUUAUUCAUAAGGAAGUCUAUAAAAGAUGCGUGUGCUCGCAAAAACAAAAAAUGUAUAGACAUCACUCUAAAGAAGAGUCUUAUCAAGAUUGGAAACAACGAGCCUGUGAAUCCUGCUGUAGCAUCAGUGCUGCUAAACUUGGAUUUGUCUUCAUGGACAGGAUUACCAGUUGAAGAAUUACUUAGCAAGCAAGAGAAAACUAAAAUCCAGGUACAAUCGUCAUCACACUUGAAGAAGCGUCCUAUCGAUGUCAUUGAGGAAGAACCUCCUAAGAAGAAGGCUUUAGCAUGGCCUAAUCAGAGGUUCUGUCAUGUUCUAGGAUCUUCAAAUUGUUUAGUAGCCUUAGAGUUUUAG